UGUGUUCACUAUGCGUUAAAGUGCAGCAUUCUCUGCCUUUUUCAUAAUAGCUAUGAGUUGAGCAAUUUUUUGAAACAGGAUGUGGCCAGACAUUUGAUGAAUUGAUAAUAACACAGUUUUGUAGGUCAUGUCACAUCCUUUUGUUCACUAGCUAAAUCUGUCAGAGGAAAGCUUGUAGGAGCAUUACGGACGAUGAAGGACCAAACCCCAUGUGUCUUGCUGAGAGUUCAAGUUCUGGAGAAGAGGCUGCUACUUAUGGGCCAAAUACUGGUCUUAGCACUGUUUGGACUGGUGAUAGAGGCCUGCGUAAUCUACAGGAUCCACACCCAUCCCUCCUCAAAAGAUUUGUCUGAAAACAACACUUCUUCUGAUCUGAAGGGUCUGUCUGCUCGACUGACAACAUGUGAAUACCAAGUGGAAAAGAUUCAAAGGAAUCAAAAAGAGGUGGCCUUCACUGCGGCUCUCCGGCCUUCAGCAUGGGAAAAGAGUGGUUUUGGGCAAAUAGGACCUUUUGACAAGGAGAUGACCGUGGUCUAUGGCAAUGUACUGACUAACAUCGGAGGAGCCUACAAUUCAAAUACAGGUGUGUUCACUGCUCCGGUGAAAGGAAUCUACUUCUUGACCUUCACCACCUACAGCUGGGUGUAUGAGGCAGAUAUCGGUAUCAAGUUGAUGAAGAACAAUCAGGAAGUAUUGCUGGUUUGGGAAACCCAGGACAAAGGUGAUAACGAGGACUAUGCCUCCAACUCAGUGGUUCUGGAGCUAGAAGUAGGGGACAGGUUGUAUAUGAGCCUCCCCAAAGGAUACAGCGUUGCAGCCAGCAUCAAUUCCAAUAUUAAUACUUUCAGUGGAUUUCUGCUCUACCCCAGAUCAGUUCAGUAGAUCCUUUGAUGGAUUCAAGUGAGCAGAUGAUUUGAUGUCAGAUGGGAACAUAUUUGAUAAUAAUCAAAACUAUAAUCAAUAAAGUUCAUUGUAUCACA